AUGUUGUCGGUAACUUAUCUAGCCUUUGCCGUAGUAUGCGUCCUACUGCCUUGUGUGAUCAUCCUACUUUUCCGCAGUUUCCGGCGCGAUGUCCUCCUACCACCCGGCCCGACACCUUUACCCAUCAUCGGAAAUGCAUUGGUACUCGCCCCUACUGACAAACUAGAAGUGUACAAGCGGCUACGUGCAGAGUUUGGAGACAUUGUCUGCCUGACAUUUGGAACCACAAAAUGCGUCAUCUUCAGCGGCUAUGACCUUAUCCGCGAGGUGUUUGUCAAGAAAGGAGAUGCGACUACCAAUAGACCCCCUCAGAGCUUCUUCAUCAAGUCCAUACAGAAGGGAUAUGGCGUUGGUGGGAGCUCUGGUCAGUUGUGGAAGGAACAUAGGACAUUUAUAUUGAAUUUCCUCCGGAAGUCAUUUCGCAGGGAUCGUCUCGAAGGCCUGAUAGAAAACGAAGUCACCCACUACAUCAAGCGCAUUCAUGACGAAAACGAGAAGCCAAUGGUACUUCGCAGGAUUAUAGGAACAAGUCUUACAAAUAUCACACUGACUUUGGGUAUGAGCAAGCGUUUUCAGCACGAUGACGCUCGACUGUUACAACUUUUGAAAGCCAUCGAUGAUAUAAUGCUAUACUCAGGUUUUUCGGAAGCCCUUUGUUUCUUUCCAGCACUUAAAAUAUCUCCCUGGUGACAUGUUCCAUGCAGAAUCAAUGUUAAACGACAAAGAAAACAUUUUCAAAUGGUUGAAGGCACUGAUCGACGAAAGGGCAUGUGGUGUUCCUGAACAUGAAGACGACAUUGAAGAUUUCAUCGACGCCUUCCAGUUCGAAGCCAAGUCACAACAGGGGGACACAACCUACACAGAACACCAACUCCUGCACGUACUGUUUGAAUUCUUUGUCGCUGGAGUAGAGACGUCUGGGGCUACUAUCAGGUGGGCUGUCCUUUUCAUGCUUCACAACAGAGAUGUACAAGAUAAACUGGCAAAUGAGAUCCUAUCACAUCUGGGUUCUGACCAGCUACCCACGAUGGCUGACUAUCCACACCUGGACUACUGCCGGGCUUUCAUCUCGGAGGUUCAGCGAUGUGGCAAUGUAGCUCCCCUUUCCGGACCUCAUGCGGCCAGCAAAGACUUUUACGUGAAUGGCUACCUCAUUCCACAGGGUGCAACACUGCUUAUGAACCUCACAUCCGCCCUUAAGGAUCCAAAAUAUUUUAAAGACCCUGAAGUUUUUAGACCGGAGAGAUUCCUGGACAGCGACGGGAAAUACGUAGUCCACAACGGCUUGAUUCCUUUUUCAAUAGGGCGACGCAUUUGCCUCGGAAAAGACUUAGCUAAGAUUGAGCUGUUCCUUUUCAUCGCCAAUAUGGUACAGAACUUUGAGUUUGUUCCUGAGGAUCCGAAUUCAUUGCCAGAGAUCGUAGGAUGUGACGGCAUUUCUCAUGGACCGGUCAACUUCAAAUUCAUCGCAAAAAGGAGAGGAGUCACAACAUGAACUUGAAAGUUACAUCUAUUUAAAAGUAUCCGUUUUUUCCAAGUUUGUGAUAUUUUGACAGAAUUUCUUAUUCUUAGUCACUUUGCUCACACUUAAGACAUUUCAGUGUCUUUGAUUUUACUAGAGACAUUCUUGACCGGUAUAGCAAUGGUUGGUGUAUGGACAUGUAUCUCUAGUGUAUUGCAAUGCAGUGCAUUACGACUGAUUGUUUUGACAUGACAGAGAUAGACCAUUAAGAUGUCGUAAACCAACAAGGGUACAUACAGUCGAAAUAUUUCUAAACAAUGUACAGAUUUAUUAAUGUUGUAUUUGUAUUAUAAUUUGUUGUUAGAGCAUGGCAAGCCAAGAGCAUUUUAGGUAGCAUCCCAACACAGUCCGUAUAGUAAUUGUAUAAGCAGAAUGAUUAUUUCAAUCGAAUAGGAUAGCGGGAGAAAAAAAAAUCGGUCUCUCCCUCGCAGAAUAACAAGAAACCAUAAAUUCUGAGAUAACUUAAGAUGCGAGGUGGCCGAACACUUGUUUUUGUUCUAGAAGUAAGACACACGAAAUUAAGUAAACACGAUCAAUAUCUGAACUGUUUUAUAUUAAUAACGUUUGAACCCAUACAGAAGUGUGAACAAAUCAUUCAUAAAAGCAUUGUAAAUAUAUAAAGAAACAAAAAAAUGUUAAAACAAUGCUUACAUACACAAGCAAAAUAGAAAUACCAAAGAUUCACUGUUAAUUUGAUAAAAAAAAUCAGAAAAAUUAUCUUCGCUUGCGUUAUUUAACAACUCUUCAUGUACCAUCUUAAAAAAUACGUUUUAUCAACAACAUAUUGCUUCUUAUACAUGUGUUUAUAGAGAAAACAAUAUAAAGCAACCGGCUGGCCGGUAAUUUAAGCUUAUGAAUAUUAAUAUCUGUUCAAAAUGCAUAAUGGUAUGAUGUGACAUAUUAUCAGUUACAAUAUUUUUUUAUGUAUAUAUACAUUAUGUGGGUCCGUGAUCCCGUAUGGCUUUAAAGUAUUUUGUCUGGUAACAGAAAUACGAAUUUUUAAAUAUAUUGUGUGUGUAAAAAGUUUAAGAUACACAUUAAAAUUUCUUUUGUCUUUUAUAUUUUCACGCGAAAGUUGGAAAUAGCAGUUAUGCUUAUCAAGAGAGCAAAUACCAUAAAAGGUAAUUGAAAGAAGGCGCAUUUAUUGAUAUUUGAUGCAAUUUAAGAUACUCAGCUAAAAUAAAAAUGUAUUUUUUUUGACAAAUGUACAAAUUUUGAGAAAUGCGCUUUUCUUGACUUUUUUUUCCCAACGGCGACAUAGUCGCCUCUUGUAUAAUCCAUCCGAACGUUUUUGAGUAAUAUAUACAUAAGCUAGAGGGUAUCUUUUUCAAACAAGAAACACAGUGUUAGUAUACAGGUAUGCUGGCACUUUUAUAUUUUGUUGGGAGCUUAUGAUAUAUUUCUCGAGAUCAUCAGUCACAUUGAUUGAAGUUGGAUAGUUUUUAUUGAUUAUGAAUAUUGUAUAACAUUUAUGUUGGCAGGGCCAAGAUUUUUUAAACAUUAGUAUUCUAUAGCGCAACGUUCAUGUCUUGGGGAAACGCUAGCUAGCUCAAUCGUCCCCAGAUGGAUGCUAAAUGUAUGUAUAUCAAUGUCAUUGUUUAUUAUAUUUUCAAGGUUUUUUUUCUUGAAACAUUUUAAAACAUGUCUCCAUGUAGUUGUUGAGCAGCUAUUUUUGGUGAACAAAUUCGUUAUUCUUUUGAAAUCAUUCCGGAAUUCCAUUGAAGUUUGACGACACAAGUUGAUUAUAUUCUAUUGAUUGACGACCUUCCCUGAUCUAAAGUAAUUUUUGUCUUCAAAAUAGAAAUUAAUCCGACUGAAAUAUCAUAUAUGUUUGUGUGUGUAUGUGUGUGAGCGUGCGUGUGCGCGUGCGUGUGUAUUCAAAUUUCCCGAUAAAUUUCCUUCUCGUUACGAGAAGAGGCAGUUCUGCUCCAUUUUUAAAUCAUCAUAUCAGACUAAGACCACCCUAAUGACCUGGGGUCUCCAGGAUACAUUGCUAUCCAGCUACACCACUUUAUGUAUAUUUCCUUCACAUAUGUAUUCAGCAUAAUUAUUAAUGAUUCUGGUGUCUGAUACUUAUUAUUGGAAUGAUUUUAAAGAUAUUAUAUUAAUUACAUGUUGUAUUUGUCUUAUUGAUACAGAAAUAAAGGGUAUAAAAC